UUGUGAACACUCUGGCCUCGAUCGGACGCUCGCGUGCGAUUUCAACCUCAGCCACUCGUCGGUACAAGAAGCCCCUCUAACUCAAAUCUUCCAUCGAUAAGCACAUCAGUGAAAAUGGACUCACCAUCAGUUUCCUCCAAUUCAGACUCAGAGUUCGAGCACGAGCUGUCCUACUUCGAGCGCAUCGGCGGAUAUCUCGAUGCUUUUUCCAACUCUAAUGCAGCCUAUAAAGUGAAGAGAGAGACUAAGCUCACGUAUGCACUCGACAACCUUGCCGGCAGUCCGUUCGUGUCCUUCACAAGUCGCGUCAAGUCAGCUACAUUCAAUCUGCUCGUCAAAGGAGAGGACGCAGGGACAUGGAUCAAACCUGACGUUGCAGUAUUGCAAAAGCAUGCAACCCCUUCGCCAUUCGGCAGGGGAGCGGAAACAGUCAUGGAUCCCACUUACAGGCAUGGAACAGAGCUCAAAUCCGAUGAGCUCGCCUUCGUUUUGAAAGGGCAUAAGCAAUCUCGAUAUCAAGAUUUCGUGAUCAAUAUCCAGGAGGAACUCCGGAAAAGCAUGUUCGUAGGCAAGAAAGUCGUUCUCAAGUUCUACAAGCUCGCUAUAUAUGGCGAAGGAGGCCACUUUGACUGGCAUCGUGAUUCAACACAUAGCGAUGCUCAUCAUGGAACGGUGCUCGUCGCACUCAACACGGAAUGGGAGGGAGGAGAGCUUAUAUUGAGGCAUCAAGGCGUUGAGAUAAGUGUCGACAUGCAUCCAACUAAGUAUACAACCAAGUCCGGCGACGGGCUCCGGGCAGCCAUAGUUGCAUUCUAUACGGACAUAGAGCACAAAGUCAUGCCCGUGACCAAGGGCACACGGUUGGUGCUCCAGUAUGACGUUGAAGUCGCCGAGGUACCGCCUCAAAAUUGGGUGUCCCCGCCUAGCUACACUCCCUUGAAAGAAGCUGCUCACCGUCACCAACAUGUGGAAUCCUGCAUCGACACUUACCCAAACUUGGACCAGAAGUUGGUGCAGGCGGUCGUUGAUGAAAUCAAAGAGUUGCACAAAGAAGGCACUACUGUCGUCGCUUUUCCGCUUUCCCACCUCUACCGCAAGGCAAGCGUCAAGAAGAAAUACCUCAAGGGAAGUGACUCGGCGCUUUUCGACGCUCUCGAGAAUCAUUUCAACGUCGUCCUCCAUCCUGUUCUUAUCCGCGCUAUUGAUGAUGGCAGCGAUUGUGACUUCCAGGAGCGAUUUUUUGCGCACAAGUAUAAGUCGUCAGAGGAAGAUGAAGAGGAGUUUUCUCAUGCUGAAGGGCAGGUGUUGGAAUAUGGUGUUGUGAAGAACGCUUCGUUUUAUCUUCCACGGGCGUCUGCGAUUCUGCAGCUUUCGCUGCCAAACGGGGUGCACCUUGGUAAUGAGGCACAGAUCGGUGGCGAGGCAAGGUAUUUUGGAGCUGGCAUGUUUGUGGAACCAAAGAGCGAAGAGUGAUGGCGCCCAGGGGCUCUAGAUUCGGUAGAAAGGAUAGUCCGCGCUUAGAUGCACUCUUCUCUCCAUUCCUUGUACAACCAUAUUCUCUGAUCACUUCAUUCAUUGUCUGAUGAUCGUUACGUACUACUUUUAAAAUCCUGUCACGUCAUUCAUCCAAACUGUCUCAGACUUCAUUCUACGCAUAUGAUAGACAACAGAUGUACACUCA